GUGGAGGCGCGGGGUGAAGGGUGAGCGCUUGUCUCGGCCGGAUGUGGUGGCGGGGGGAGAGGAAUGAUCCGGCCGCCGAGCCCGGAGUGACGUAUGGGGACUGAAAAUAAAUCUCUUCCGCUGGAGAAUGCGUCAAUUCUGUCUGAAAGCUCCUCACAAGAGGGACAUCGACUCUGGAUUGGCAAUCUCGAUUCCAGGUUAACAGAGUAUAAUCUUCUAAAGCUACUCCAGAAAUUUGGAAAAGUGAAGCAGUUUGACUUCCUGUUUCAUAAAUCGGGUCCACUUGAAGGACAACCAAGAGGCUACUGUUUUGUCAAUUUUGAGACAAAAGAGGAAGCUGAGCAAGCUAUUCAGUGCUUAAAUGGGAAACUUGCUCUCUCGAAGAAACUGGUAGUGCGUUGGGCGCACGCACAAAUAAAGAGAUACGAUCAGUACAAAAAUGAUAAGAUUCUUCCAAUAAGUCUGGAGCCAUCUUCAAGCACUGAACCAGUCCAAUCCAACUUAAGCAUUAGCGCAAAAAUAAAAGCAAUUGAAACCAAGCUUAAAAUGAUGGCUGAAAACCCAGAUGUGGAAUUCAAAGGAGCCCAAACUUACUCGUACAACAAGCCCUCAGAAAAAGUGUUGGGUAACAAGUCGCGGACAGCUCCCUAUUCCAAGUUUGUUCGUAAAUCCAAGCGGUGACUGAGAUGGAUGACUUCAUCUUUUGGAUCUUCCUCAUCAGACUUUUUAAAGGCAUCGAUGGCACCGCAAAAGACCAAUCCCUGGACUGUGACUUGGGAUAUAAUUUAUUUUUCUAAGAAAACAAUUUUAUCUUGUUUGUCUUUAUAGCACAUGGUUGACAAUAUUCCACCUUGGUCAUUAAGAAUUCCAUUUCAACUUCAAGUUUGUUAGCCGUCAACCUGGGUGUCUAUUUUGGCCACGCCGUUUCUGAUUUUGGCUCAUGUCAUUGAACAGCCUCCGGGUAUGGGGAUGUUACGAAGUUUAUCUAAUAGGAUGCAUCCAUAAUCUUGCCGUUUAAAAAAAAAUUGAAGCAGAGUUGCAAGUUUUCCACAAAAGGCCUUCAACCGUACAGAGAUAUCUUUGCCUUUCCAUAUAGUUGUGAAUUUAGAAUCGCAACAGAUGUGGGUCUGGCAGUAACGAAUAUCGUGGAAUUGAUUUAUUUCUUAUUUUGAUUGUGCUUAAAGUAAUUGCAAAAUGGUGUGAUGCGGUAAAAAUAGAUCACGCUGUAUGUUUCUUCCCAUGACACAGCAAAUAUGACCUGGGCAUCAUGUUCGGCACAGACAUUGUGGGCCGAUGGGCCUGUUCCUGUUGCUGUGAUGUUCUCCAUAAUACAUAUGGAAAUGCUGCUUGGCUUGUACAUCAGCUGAGUUCUGGCGUAGAUUUAGCUGUUGCCAUGUGGCUGAAGAAGUGCUUUCCUUUAACAAAAUGCACGUUGGUGACAAUCCUGAUGGGUUGAAAAAUAGCAACGCUUCUUUCUUUGAAUUCCCUCUGACUAGCUGUGUUUUCAGGAAGUUUAGAGUCCACAAUGCUGUGUGAUUGGUAAUGGGUCUCUUUUUUCCUUGACACUGCAUCAUUUUUUUCUUCCUUUCACGUGUCUUGAAACCUAUAAAUGCAAUGAGAUUGGCAGGUAUAUUUUGAAAAAGAAACCAGCAAAAUAAAUUGUACUCCAGAUAAGUACACAUUUUUAUAAUUGUUGGCCCUGGAGUCCGUGACUUUGGUGAGGUCCCUGAUCUUGCAGUGAGAACUUGACUUAGUACUUUGAGUUUGGUCAUUGGGGAUGGUGCUACUCUCCAUUGCUUUCAGCAUGUUGACGAUAAACCUUGCCACUAAUCAGUUGUGGUUUCCUCAUUCCACGCAAAGGGGGACGCAAAGCAGUUUAAACUGUUGGUAACAAAAUAUUUAGCAUACAGUAACAUGAGCAUAGACCAGUCGUGUAUAGUAAUGUGCAAACGUGAAUUUGUAAAUAUUUACAAAAAUUGAUACCAUCACUCUAAACAGCCUCCGAGUUAAAUUGCUUCAUGUUUCGAAGGCUGAGGUACUGAUUUUAUGAUGUACGGGGCCAGAUGUCGCGAGCACGACGAACAGCUUUUUGAAGACGGAGUUCCAUAUGUUGACCAAGCCACUAAUUCAGUCUCAGGAACCGGCCAAUCCUUUUGAUUUAAUACAAACUACACAGAGGGGUAAGAUUACUUCCUUUUCUUCCCACCCCCCUCCACAUACUUGGUAGGCAAAUCAGACCCAAAGUAACUCUAUAAUUUCCAAUUGCAAUUGGUUAAACCCAUACAACUGGGAGAAGAAUCCACACCUUACUCUAGAUUUUUACUUUUGUACGUUAUGGUGAACAAAUCAUGAUUUCAAUUGGGAGACCAUAAUUUGUGAAUAUUUUAUGACUAAAUCCCAUUUUAAGAACUAUUGGUCCAUCCUAAUAAUGGUGAAUUGUUAAUAUCAUUUUCUUCUGUGAAGUUUAUUUAUACCUUGCUGUUGUCCAUACAAGACUGCCUAAUUGUCAAAAUCAGAGAAUGGACAAAACGUCUUGGUUGCUUUUUUGUACAUUUUAUGACUGGUAAAACACAUUUCUCUUUCUGUACUGCCCAUUUUACCUUUUCAAAAUUUUAAAAAAUAAAUGUACAUAAAGGAG